AAUCAUGGCAAAAAUUAUAGUUGUAAUAUGGAGCUUAGGUCCGAUAUGAAAAAAAUAUAAGAAUAAUAAGAAGGAAAAAUCUUAAUAUAAACUCUUUAUAAUGCACACAUAACGCUCCUAUUAGAAAUUGAAAAAAAAAAUUUUUUUUUCGAUGAUCGUACACUAUUUCCUUUUGUUAUGUAUAUUUAACACGUUUAACUAUUGUCAAGUAUGUCAGUCGAAGGUAAACAGCACAGUAAAGAAGUACAUAGUUCUGAAGUAUAAUUUUUUCGUUCAGUGAAAAAUCUCUUUUUUUUUUCACACUUUAAUUCAAAAUGCCGGAAUUAUAUUCACCCGCAAAUCGUGCUGUUCAACAACAAAUGAGAAGAGCUGAACAAAAGAAAAUUAUUGAAGAACAUGAUGAUCAUAUAACACAUACAUCAGGUACAAGUCAUUCAGGAUCUGGUAGUGGUAAUAAAGAAGAAGAUGAUAUAUAUGAAUUUAAAAGUACACCAAAAGAUUCAUCAUCUGGUAGCGGUAGCGAAGAUAAUAAACCAGAUAAUAGGAAAAUUGAUAAACGUUCAAUAUCGGAGGAGAAAAAUUCUGAUGAUCCAUUAAGUGGCAUAGGUUCUAAUAAUUCUGGAAAUAUAUCUGUCAGUUCAAUUUCUAGUAAAGUUAAUACUAAUUUAACAGGUUCCUCAUCAAGUGGUGGUAGUGGUAAUUUGAAUAUUAGUAGCGGUAAUUCCGGUAAUAAUAGCGGAGGUGGUGGAGGGGGUGGCGGCGGAGGUGGUAGCAGUAGUAGUAGCAGCGGUGGUGCAACAAAACGUGUAUACUCUGACAUUGAAGGGCAUGAUGAUACUAGUACUGAUGGAGAUGAAUUAAAAAAAAGAAGACGAAAUUAUUGUGGUGAUAAUACAAAUAAACAAGGCGCUGGCGGUCGUAAUACACAAUCACAAAGACAAGAAAAAGGUGUUAAACAAUCAGGUGGAUCAAAUAAAUCAUUGGGAGGUCUUACAGGUAAAAACUCAACAAAUUUAGAACGUAAAAGUCCAUGUCCAAGUCCAAAAUCAACAUCAGCAAAUAAAAAUACCGAUAGUGAUACCGAAACAGAUGAUAAUAAAAAUUCAGAUAGUUUUGGUAAUAAUGGUGGCCCAAAAGUUCCACCAUUAAAAAUUGUUAUACCACAACAAAAUCCAUCCGGUGAUAAUGAAGUUGGUCCGCGUAAUGGUAAAAAUAAUUCAACACGUAAUCAUCAAGCAUUACCAUAUGUAGUUGCUUCAUCAUCGAAUAGUAACGACAGUGUUGCAGCUGAUAGAGAAAGUACAUCAUCAAGAUGUGGUAGUCCAGCUGAUAGUAAUGGUAAAAAUAGUUCAUCUAGUUUAGCUGCAGGUGAUGAAAAAUCUAAUAUGAAGGGUACAAGUGAAGAACGUGCCCAACAACGAGUAUUACGCAGUUCCCAUCGUGGUGGUCAAGGUGUUGAUAGAGGUUCAAAUAAUUCCUCACCACAACUACAGAGUAGUUCACCAUCCCCGGCUGGCCCAAAUGAAAAAGAGGAUAAUUCUAUUGAAGAUAAAAAAGUGAUUGGAUCAUCAUCAACUGGUGGAGGGACGGCAUCUGGUAAUGGUAAUUCAAAUAAAAAUAAUACGAAUACAAAUAAUCCUAGUCCAGCUAACAAUUCAUCAGCACAAAAUUCUCAAACAGAAACAGAAUCAAAUGCUGGUAAUGUGCCAAGUCCAUCUGCAUCAUCAACUUCAUCGACAUCAAAAGAAGUACCACAGGGAAAUGUAGAAUUACAUCCACGUAAACGUAAAAUUCGCGCUAAUAAACAAGAUGAUUCAUCAAAUAAAAGUUCAAGCGCUCAAUCAAAAGAUAGUCAAGCGAAUUCAAAUGAAUCUACAUCAACAGUUAAUGAAGUCCAUCCACACGAUCAUCCAUUUACGAAUUGUUAUCAAAUGUAUUUGAAUAUUAGAAAACAAAUUGAGAAAAAGCAUAAAUCAUUAAUGCCAAUACAACCUCGCCCCCCACAAGGUUUUAAAGAUUAUCUAUUGAAUCGUAAAACAUAUGCAUUAGCUGGUAAAAUACCAACUGAACCAGUUAUUACAAUUCCUAAAAAUUUACCUAAUCAAAUGAAAGAAUUAUUUACCACACAAGAAAAAGAACGUUAUAAAUUAAAAACACAACAUACUAUUGAAAGAGAGAAGUUAGGACUUACUGUAGAACAGGAAAUAUUACGAGUUCAUGCAAAAGCAGCACGUAGUUUAGCAUGUCAAUCUUUACCUUUAUCAGUAUGCACAAUUAUUAAAGAUCAAGAAGUUUAUAAUAUGAUAACACCAGAACAAGAAGAAAAAGAUCGUAAUGCUAGAUCACGUUAUAAUGGAAGACUGUUUCUUAGUUGGUUACAAGAUGUUGAUGAUAAAUGGGAGAAAAUUAAGGAAUCGAUGCUAUUAAGACAUCAUAAUGAAGCUGAAAGUUUGCAUGCGGUUCAAAAAAUGGAUUGGGAAUGGUUAAUGAAAGAGCAUUCUUUAUGUGAUUAUAAAUCACAACCUGUGAUCGAUGAAUCUCAUGUGCCAAUGGUACAUGUUAGUGAUGAUUUCGAUUUAUUGCCAGCUUAAUGAUUAUUAGAGAUGCAGAUUUGUGCAUUUUAAAAUAACUUUUAGUUUUAGCUUUCUUUUUUUUUUGUAAUUUGUAAUAAUUCAAUGGUAUAGACUUUGAAAUUAUUUCUUUUUAAGAAAGAAAUUUUUUGUGAUUUCCUAAGUUUUAAUGUAGGAAGGUAAUAAAAUUGAAUAAGGAUUAAGAAAUUAUUUGAAUAUGUAAAAAAUGUUCAAAAAAAUAAAUGUGUAAUGUAAAAUGAAUU